ACUGCUGGUUUUAUGAAUCGUUGUAGUUGUACGAUGAUAUGCACGAGAAUGACAGGAAACAUAAUGACUGUCUAUCAAGUUACACACUGUAUGUUGACCAGAACGUGUAGCCGGUAUGCAAGUUCUACCUGUUACCAGACUACAUCCAGUCUCUGUGAAAAGGCCAUUACAUUAAAUGGCACCGAGUACCCACGUGAUUGUUACACAAAUGUUAGUGACCGAAUACUGAAUUUGAUCGGAAAAAACCUGCACCAUAAACAGUAUCAUCCGCUGUGCUUACUGAAACAGAGAAUUGUUAAUUUUAUUUAUUCAAAGUUUGUGAACUCAAGAGGAAAUCCAAUUUUUUCCGUUCAUGAUAACUUGAAUCCUGUUGUGACACUGGAACAGAAUUUCGAUAAUCUGUUAGUGCCCCAUGACCAUCCUAGUAGAAGAUUAAGUGACAGUUAUUAUAUAAAUUCUAAGUUUAUGUUGCGAGCACACACCUCUGCACAUCAGCACGAUUUAAUAAAGUGUGGACUCGACAAUUUCUUAGUGUUUGGUGACGUGUAUCGACGAGACGAGAUUGACUCCACUCAUUACCCUGUCUUCCACCAGAUGGAGGGAGUGAGAUUGUGUGGAGUCUCUGAGUUUACUCAGAAGUACUUGACAGUUGAAAGAUGCUCCACCUACUGGUCUUCAUUUGAAACAAAGUCUUUAACUGAUGAUCUUCAGUUUGAAUGGAAACACAUUAUAACAGAUGAAUCAAUUUCAGUGGACAGACGUAUAUUUCUUGUUUUACUUUCAGAUUUCGAGUACCAGUGGACAGACACAUAUUUCCCAUUCACUCAUCCAUCUUGGGAACUAGAAAUUAAACACAAAAAUGAUUGGCUAGAAGUAUUGGGGUGUGGAAUUAUUGAGCAACGUAUAUUAGAAAAAGCUGGUGCAGGUCACAAGAUUGGAUGGGCUGCUGGACUAGGGCUCGAAAGACUGGCCAUGAAACUGUACGACAUUCCUGACAUUCGCCUUUUUUGGAGUACUGACAGUGGCUUUCUCGUCCAGUUUCACACAGACAACCCAGAUCGACAAAUUUCAUUCAAACCUUUCAGCCACUAUCCUCAGUGUAUCAACGAUAUCUCUUUCUGGAUUCCCGAGGAGUAUUCUUCGAAUGAUUUUUAUGACUUGGUGCGUUCUGUUGGAGGUGACAUCAUAGAGCAAGUGACUUUGGUGGACGUGUUUACUCACCCUAGAACUAAAAGGACAAGUCACUGCUACAGGAUAGUGUACAGACACAUGGAGAAAACACUAACACAGCAGGAAGUGAACGAAAUACAUACACGUAUAGAAGAAGCUUCAAGAAAGAAACUUCACGUUGAAAUCCGAUAAUAAGAUAUUCAUUUUAAACAAGUUGUAGUUGUUAUAUAUAUAAUAGUGUGUUUGGCAGAUAACUGAAAUGUUACUAGCAUAAGGACUAUAGACGUGGUAGUUGGCUCAGAAAUACGUUUCUUUUUUCGUGAGCAAAAACAGUAAAGAUUUUUAUGUUGAUAAUUUUGAAAACAGAGAGUGAAGGUGUAAAGCAGAUUGACUUUUUGAAACAAGAAGAAACCUGAUAACUGAAACAUUAAAUCAUUCUGUAAGCAAAAUGUAUGAACUCUCUCUCUUGUGUCUGUACUAAUGAUGGAUGUUAGAAAGUUUGUACCUGUUAAACUACAGUUCUAAAAUAAUUAUUUCUUACAGCAUCGGGAUUUCUAGUCGUAUAAGUUGUUCUUGUUAACGUUUGAUUGAUCUGUUAAAAUACUGGUAAAGGAACCUAACAUUGUUUAUACACACAUCCUACGGACUGAUGUACUUACUAAACGAAUCUAGCAUUAUUUAUACACACAUCCUACAGACUGAUGUACUUACUAAAGGAACCUAACAUUGUUUAUACACACAUCCUACAGACUGAUGUACUUACUAAAGGAACCUAACAUUGUUUAUACACACAUCCUACAGACUGAUGUACUUACUAAAGGAAUCUAACAUUGUUUAUACACACAUCCUACAGACUGGUGUACUUACUAAAGAAAUCCAGCAUAGUUUAUACACACAUCCUACAGACUGAUGUACUUACUAAAGGAACCUAACAUUGUUUAUACACACAUCCCACAAGUUGGUGCAUUUGCUGAAGAUAUUUUAGUAUUUAUUCUUGGGUUUCUCUCUCAUGUCAGGAGUUACACAAAUUACCCACAACCUUGAAGUUCUUAGAAAUUCGUAACUGUAUCGAUAAUACACAUCUACUGUGGUUUAUUUCUUCGAACGACUCCAAACCCAAUCGUAUUGUGCUUUAGAAACAUUCAAUUUUUAUAUUUUCGUAGUUACAUAAAUAAGAAACAGUCGACUUGAAGAACUAUUUGUGAAAAUUGAAGGAGGGGGGGGGGGUAACCAGGUGAAAACAGGUAAGUAGAUAUCAGUUUUGUGAUGUAAACUUUAAUAUGACUUGUUAUUUAUUCAUUUUAACUUUUAUUUUUUUCGCGGUUUUUUAUUCCAUUUUUUUCGUUUCCUUCCCUCAACCACCUUUUUAAAGUAGUUAGGUAAAUUAAUACGUAGGUACACGAGAUGUGUGUCCUUUUUAAAGUAGUUAGGUAAAUUAAUAAGUAGGUACACGAGAUGUGUGUGUAUAUAUAUUAGGUAACGGUAAUAUUUCUGUAGUUAUAUCUAUAAUAUGGUAUUUAAUAUUAGUUAUAUCGGCAUUAACCGAAAUUUCCUGAAAAGGCUGGUAUUUGAAUUUUUGUAACACAAAGUUAUAUAAACAAUUUUUAUGCGUGCUGGGCGUCCAAGUAGCUCAUUGUUAGGCCUAUUCACGGAAGCCAUGGCACUGGAUCUGUAUUUCAAAAACAGAGUGGGACCUUCCUUCAACUGCGCUUUAGCCUCGAUGGACUCGGUCAUCUCAACUCUUAGCAACUACGACGUCUCAAAACACAGUAAUUUUAAACGCGUGAUACCCCAGUUACGCUACGAUAUUCGUAAUGUCUACGAUCAAAUGCAAGAAGCCAACGCCAUAGCUUCCGACGUGGUACGACAAUCCAAUGAAGAGUUGGAAGAUUUAGUUAAGGAGGAAGGAACUCUAAUGCAAGAGAAGACGAAUAAAGAAGAAGAUGUCGCGGAGCUGAAAAACAUUAUCGAUGGUUUACAAACUGAGAAAAAUGAUAUCGAAAAUAAAGUGGAGGAGAGCAAAAGGGAAGAAAAGGAAGCGAAUCGUCUACUAGAAUCUGCUAGAAACGAGCUACAAGCGAAACGAAAUGAACAAAACGUUGUGCGUGGGGUUGGUGUUGGUCUGUUUGCAAUUCCUGUAGUUGGAUGGAUCGCGGGAGCUGGAUUGGUGGCUCUGAGCUUCACGGCAUUGGAAGAAAAUGUAGCGAGUGCAGUAAAAGCUCGUGACGAUGCUCAGGAUCACGUUAAUUCCACUCAAAGGCAGUUAAAGAAUAACAUUAAAGAACUUGAUGAGAACAA